GUUUCAGAGUGGAAGCCUCUGGGCAACAUCUGGGAGCCAAGUGCCUACCUCCCCCUCUCCCCUCAUCCUGGGAGGGAGCAGACUCUGCAAAGGUCGCCUCACCGUCUCCGUCUCCGUCUCUUCAAGGGUAUUGGAGCUGCCGAUCUGAAAAACAAACUUCUGACAGUUCACUGACGCUGAAAGCCAUUACUUUGGAAUCCAGAAGUGGGGGUGGAGAACUAUCUGAACUGUUCUGUCUGCCGGUUUUAAAGAUUGGUGUCGCAGGAAAGUCACCAGCCUGAGCGGGAGUGCUCUCACCAAGAGCUUUAACCGGUGUGCUCUGCACCGUCCACGUGACCCUGACACCAGCCAAGGUUCAGCUUGUCCAGGAUCAUGGAGAAGGACCAGGUCACCAGCAGCAUGGAGAAACGGUGGCGAUGCGGGGACUGUGGCAAGGCCUUCCGGGUCCCCUCGGCCCUGGAGAUGCACCGGCGGGUCCACACCGGGGAGCGGCCCUUCGCCUGCCCCAUCUGCGGGGAGGGGUUCACUCACCUGUGCCACAUGGUGACCCACCAGCGCCUCCACACCGGCGAGAAGCCGUUCACCUGCCCCGAGUGCGGCAAGGCCUUCCGCCAGCCGUCCUACCUGCAGAAGCACCGGCGGGUCCACACCGGGGAGCGGCCCUUCACCUGCUCCGUCUGCGGCAAGGGCUUCAACGCCUCCUCGGCCCUGUGCAACCACCGGGCGGUCCACAGCCGGGAGCGGCCCUUCGCCUGCCCGGCCUGCGGCAAGGGCUUCAGCCGCCUGGCCAACCUGCAGCAGCACCAGUCCACCCACACCGGGGAGCGGCCCUUCGCCUGCGCGGCUUGCGGCAGGGGCUUCACCCGCUCAUCCAGCCUGCUGACCCACCAGCUCGUCCACACCGGCGAGUGGCCCUUCACCUGCUCUCAGUGCGGCAAGGGCUUCACCUCCUCCUCCAAUCUGCGGAGGCACCAGCGGGUCCACACCGGGGAGCGGCCGUUCACCUGCUCCACCUGCGGCAAGGGCUUCACCCAGGCCUCCCAGUUGCAGAGACACCGAUGCCUUCACACUGGGGAGUGACUGUUCACCCGUGCUCCGUGCUUGCAAAGGGAUUUCCCCUCUCUCCCCCUCUCACUUCUCCCCUCUCCCCUCCAUUCUUUCACUUUCACAGAAGGAGAGAGAGUCCAACCCUCAGCUUCUCCCUGAGGAAGGGAAUCGUCGAUUCUUGAGCGACGGCCAUUGGUUCGUACAUAUUCUGACGUAAGGCGUUUGAUUUAGAGUCAGAGGGUCAUUGAGAUGUACAGCACAGAAACAGACCCUUUCUUCCAAUGUGUCCACGCCGACCAGACAUCCUAACCUAACCUCGUGCCAUUUGAGCGUUAGGUGCAGACUGGUUGGGCCGAAUGGCCUGUUUCCACACGGUAGGGAAUCUAGUCUCAUCUAAUCUACUCCUUUCUCCCUCCAGCAGCUUUUCUCUCUCAUUGGGCUCUCUAUCUCUCCACCAAUCACUUACUCUUUACCUCCUCCCACCCCACUCUAUCUUUGACAUUACAAACCUUUGCCUAGUUACCAUCAGUCCUGAGGAAGAGGCUCAAGGGUCACAGAGAUGUGCAGCACGGAAACAGACCCUUCGGUCCAACCCGUCCAUGCAGCCCAGAUAUCCCAACCCAAUCUAGUCCCACCUGCCAGCACCCGGCCCAUAUCCCUCCAAACCCUUCCUAUUCAUAUACCCAUCCAGAUGCCUUUUAAGUGCUGUAAUUGUACCAGCCUCCACCACUUCCUCUGGCAGCUCAUUCCAUACACGUACCACCCUCUGUGUAAAAAAGGUCCCUUUUAUAUCUUGCCCCUCUCACCCUCAACCUAUGCCCUCUAGUUCUCCACCCCAGGGGAGGGGAAAGACUUUGCCUAUUUACCAUAUCAAUACCCCUUCAUGGUUUUAUAAACCUCCGACGCUCCAGGGAAAACAGCCCCCAGCCUGUUCAGCCUCUCCCUGUAGCUCAAACCCUCCAACCCUGGCAACAUCCUUGUAAAUCCUUUCUGAACCCUUUCAAGUUUCACAACAUCUUUCCGAUAGGAAGGAGACCAGAAUUCCAUGCAAUAUUCCAAAAGCGGGCGAACCGAAGACCUGUACUGCGACAUGACCUCCCAACUCCUGUACUCAAUGCGCUGACCUAUACAGGAGGUCACAUCAGGAGCAGCCACGGUCUGGGGAAAUGCAGGUGAACCUCUGCUGGACUUGGAAUGAUUGUUUGGGACCUCGGAGGGAAGUGUUGAGGGAGGAGCCGGUCUUGCACCUCCUGCAGCCCCAGUGCAACAUGCCAGGUGUGGAGGAGAGGUGGGUGGGAUGGUGUGGGCCUAAGGAGGGAAGACGCAGAGGGGACAGCUAAAUUACCCAUAGUGCCCAGGGAUGUGCAGGUUAGGGUGGAUUGGCCAUGCUAAAUUACCCAUAGUGCCCAGGGAUGUGCGGGUUAGGGUGGAUUGGCCAUGCUAAAUUACCCAUAGUGCCCAGGGAUGUGCGGGUUAGGGUGGAUGGCCAUGCUAAAUUACCCAUAGUGCCCAGGGAUGUGCGGGUUAGGGUGGAUUGGCCAUGCUAAAUUACCCAUAGUGCCCAGGGAUGUGCGGGUUAGGGUGGAUGGCCAUGCUAAAUUACCCAUAGUGCCCAGGGAUGUGCGGGUUAGGGUGAAUUGGCCAUGCUAAAUUACCCAUAGUGCCCAGGGAUGUGCGGGUUAGGGUGGAUGGCCAUGCUAAAUUACCCAUAGUGCCCAGGGAUGUGCGGGUUAGGGUGGAUUGGCCAUGCUAAAUUACCCAUAGUGUUCAGAGAUGUAUAGGUUAGGGUGGAUUGGCCAUGCUAAAUUACCCAUAGUGUUCGGGGAUGUAUAGGUUAGGGUGGGUUGGUCAGGGGUAAAGAAGGAUAAUAGGGUAGGGGAAUGGGUCUGGGUGGGUUACACUUCAGAGGGUUAGUGUGGACUUGUUUGGCCGAAGGGCCUGUUUCCACACUCAAAAAAAGAAAGAGGAAAAAAAAGUCUUAAUAGGGUUGGAGUUGCAGUAAAUGUCUCUUGGCUGCUAGUCUCUCGGAGAUUUCAUUUGGUAUGUUUUCUUCUCUCUCUCUCUGUAUGCUGCUGGAGUGGGCAUAUGAGACAAUCCGAAUUUGCCUUUUUGCUGCAGGGUGUGUUUACAGGACGUUACUAUAUUGGAGCA